AAAAUUUAGUGAGAGAGCACAUGGUGAACUUUGAUGAUUCUGGGUGGCACGAGGUCAGCGCCCGGUUACCAUACGUUGUAUAUUAGUGAUCGGUGCCGAGAAACGGAGAAGAUAUAUAUAAGAAAACAAGAUUGAAGGUUAAGAAAACAGGAUGAAUGAUAAACCAGGUUUCAACUGCCAGCCAGUUAAAGGAAUGUUUGAGCAUGGUUCCUUUCCUUUACUAACGGUGCAGAUCGGCCUUUGUAUAUUGUUCGCCGGAAGCUUCCACGCUUACCUUGGUCAAUUAGACCAGAUUGAAUUUGUUUCAUCAGUUUUUGCUGGUAUUGUCUUAGGCCCGGCGUUGCUGGGAGGUACGGAAACAUUUCAAUACAUGUCUCGUGAUUCAGGAGGAAUGGCCUUAAUGUCAGUUAUCGAAAGCGUUGGGGGUGUUUUCCUUGCAUUCCUUGUUGGAGUCAAGACAGACAUGGACAUGAUUACGAAAGCAAGUAGAUCAACCAUCGUCAUAGGUUUCUGCACUUUCCUCAUCCCUUUACUUUUUAAUAGCAUUGUUAAAAGCGUAGUACGAAAAACCUGUAACCUAGAAAAUAAUAUGAGUGAUUCUCUCGAAUACGUUGCACUGUCAGUGACUUAUUCUUCCUUCUAUGAUACUGCUUGUGCCGUUGCUGACUUGAACCUCCUCAAUUCCAAGAUUGGUCGUCUAGGCCUGGCCAUUUCGAUAAUAACUGGAAUGAGCAGUUGGUUGUUUGAGUACACCUACACCUUAUUUAUGGAAGUCGCUAUUUUGAAGGCCAAGAUGUUGUUAUUAUCGUGGUUAAGUAAAAUUCUCUUAGUGAUUUUCAUCGUGUUCUUUUUACGCCCAGUAAUGUCAUGGAUGAAUAAAAGUACUCUAGAAGGAAAAACUCUGAAUGAAGGUUACCUUUCCUCGAUUCUUAUCAGUGUUCUGGGAGUUUCAUUUUGUAGUCAGUCCAUUGGCAUAGACCCUUCGCUUGGACCACUCAUAGUUGGACUAACAGUACCUGUUGGGUCACCUAUAGCAGCAGCUGUCCAAAAAAAACUCGAGUGUUUUGUUACCUUUGUGCUCGUCACACCAGUUUACAUAAUAGGAGUCGGUCGUGCAGCUUCCAUCCUCGUCGAACACAAACAGCAAAAGAAUAAUAAAUCUACACAGGCUCGCACCCGUAAUUCGUCAGAAAAAAUUAUCAAUGCAUUCAACCACUUCGAACAACAGAAUCAGGGUUUCACAAUUGGGCAAUGUUUCACUGCCAUAUCACCAUUCUCAAGCAUGGACAACGAUGUAUCUCAAAUAGCAUUUGACAAGAGGACGAAUCUUGUGAUCAUUCCUUUCGGUGAGUUAGACGAACAUCCUUAUCGGGCAAUCAAUCGAAGUGUUUUAGAUAAGGCACCUUGCUCGGUAGGGAUUCUCUUUGACCAUAAAAAUAGCUCUAGUGUUGUUAUUGAUGUUUCUGUAAGUUGUCAUAAUGUUGCCAUGAUUUUCAUCGGAGAUCCUGACGAUCGGGAGGCAUUAGCAUAUAGUAUGAGAACGGCAGAUCAUUCCAAUUUAAAUCUCUCAGUUUUUCGAUUCACGCAUAUGAAGCAGAACAAAAAAACAAAAAAAGAUGAUGAAUUGAUAAGUGACCUGUGGGACAAAAUUAUGAACACCGAAAAUAUUUUUUACAAAGAGGAAGAAGUAACAGAUUGUGCAGAUACAGUAAGUAAAAUCAAAUGUCUGGAAAACUCUUACGACUUCAUAAUUGUUGGGAGACGACAUGAUUGUAACUCACCAAUCUUGCAUGGACUUGAUGAAUGGUGUGUCUUCAAAGAACUUGGUGUUAUUGGAGAUCUUUUCGGUACUUCUACUUUCGAUGCUAAUUCAUUUGAUGAAGCUCAUUGCACUAGUAUGCUUCUAGUGAAAUUGGUGGUUAAUGGAGAAGUCAUAAUUAGGGCUAUACGGGAGGGAGCUGAUGAUGUGGUUGUUGUUGGAGGCGAUGGUUUAAGGACUAGAAUAGAUAUUGGGGAUGUUAGUGGUGAAACUGGAGAACCUCAUUACUCUCUUAAUGUUGUUGAUGUUCACCUGAGUGCAAAGGCUGGAUAUUACGCAUCGAAGUACAAACAAUUUGGGAACCUUUGCUAUGUUACUGGUGCAUUGAGGAGCUUCAUGGGACACAGUAAUCGGGACCUCAGGAUCAAGGCCAAUUGGGACGACUGGGAAUUAAUUCCUCAAGUAACAACCCUCUGUGUAGGAAAUGCGAAGUUCUUUGGUGGAGGCAUGAGAGUGAAUUACAGUACACUGCAUCAUUUAAUAUUUCAAAUUGGUUACAUCUUCAUGGACGUCGUUGGUUAG